CUGUGCAUCUGACAAAUGCACCAAAUUGAUACAAAAAUUAGUAGAUACUUUUAAUUGAUACAUUUAGAUAGAAUAAGAUUUAGAUUUUAAAACUAUGUAAUGAAUUCACUUGAAUGGAUUUUUAGUGAAGCAUUUUCUACCAGAUUCCCAUAAAGGAGACACUGUCUCUCAUGUGCUAUUAAAAGUUGGACCUUGUGACUACUGUCUGACUAUGUUUUUCUUUUGGAGAAGUCAGAGGGGGCAGUCUGACUUCAUGUAAAAAAUAGCCACCAAAGAUAUAUCCAACAUCAUUUUUAGUUCUUUAAUUUCGGUCAGCCCACAUUUUCAAAACAGAUUAAAUUUGUCUGGUUUAUUUCAGAAGUAUAUAUUACAAAGCAUUCAAAGGCAAGUGAAAAUUCAAAUGCACAGAGCAGAGCUAGAGAGCUUUCUACAGAGGCUCUUCAGAAGAGACAGAAGGCAUACUGUCAAGCCCUAAGGAUUCUACCGUUUCCAUCUCUACCCUGAAGAGACUUGGAAAUUAAUGGGUAACAUUUUGCAUGAAAAUUUCUAAAUGCUAUUUGCUCUUAUCUCUGAGGCCUUCUGUGGAGAAGUAAUAGGAGGUUGAAUGAGCAAAUGGAUAAAGUGAACCGUCUUAAAGGAUUGAAGUUCCAAAAAUAUAUCAGCAGGACUGGACAGGUUUGAGAUAAUGAGAUUUCUAUUUUAGCUUGACUUCUGAAACUCUGAAUAAACUAUAAACUGAGCUACACAAGGUCCUGGGAAGGAAGUUUUUCUUCUAAACUAUUCUAGUUACAUAUAACAUUUUUCUUACUUAGAUCCUUUGAAAAAAUAUAUAUUUAGUCAUCAAUAGGAAUAAGACUAUUAUACACGUACCAACUUGUAAUGUAUGAAGUGGGAGAGAAAGUAGCAAAUUGUGUCAUACAGGAAAAGACAUUUAAUUAAAGAAACGGACACCAGGAAGAGGAGAAAUCUCUAUAUAAGUGCUGGUUGAGAUGGCAGAAGCUUCUGCAGAUGCCUCAACUCUCCCCGUAACAGUGAAAAAGAAGAAAAGUUUAUCCAUUGAAGAAAAGAUCGACAUCAUAAACGCAGUAGAAAGUGGCAAGAAAAAAGCAGAGAUUGCAGCCGAAUAUGGAAUAAAGAAAAAUUCAUUGUCCUCUAUUAUGAAGAAUAAAGACAAAGUUCUAGAAGCCUUUGAAUCUCUGAGAUUUGAUCCAAAGAGAAAAAGACUGAGAACUGCUUUCUACACAGAUCUGGAAGAGGCAUUAAUGAGGUGGUAUCGAAUUGCUCAGUGUCUAAAUGUACCAGUUAAUGGUCCAAUGUUGCGUCUAAAAGCAAAUGAUUUUGCCCAGAAACUGGGACAUAAUGAUUUUAAGUGUAGUAAUGGUUGGCUGGAUCGCUUUAAAUCCAGGUAUGGUUUAGUAUUCAGAGCUCAACCUGUAGAAGCUACAGGUGUAUCAGUAGACCCUUCAGCGGUGUGGCACCAAAAUGUACUUCCUUAUUAUUUAAAUGAUUAUCAUCCUAAAAAUGUUUUCAAUAUAAAAGAGACUGGACUGCUUUAUCGAAUGUUACCUACAAAUACAUUUGCAUUUAAAGGAGAAACGUGCUCAAUUGGAAAGUUAUGCAAAGACAGAUUAACGCUGAUGGUUGGGACAAACAUGGAUGGCUCCGAAAAACUUCCUUUGCUUAUCAUUGGGAAAAACAGAAAUCCACAUUGUUUCAAAGGAAUAAAAUCAUUGCCUGUGUGUUACGAAGCUAACAGAAUGGCAUGGAUGACCUCAGAUAUAUUUGAACAGUGGAUGCUGAAGCUUGAUGAGAAAUUUCAAGCCCAGCAACGAAGAGUGGUGAUUUUUGUUGAUUCUCUUCCUGCACACCCAGAGGUGAAGAACCUGAAGUCCAUUGAGUUAGCGUUUUUCCCGUCAUGUUUGUCUCCCAAAUUUAUAGCUAUGAAACAAGGUGUUAUUAAAAGCCUUAAAAUCAAAUAUCGACAUUGUCUGAUCAAGAAAUUUUUAAGUUCUGUUGAAGGCAGCAAAGAAUUUACAUUUUCCCUACUAGAUGCAGUUGACACAUUGCAUCUCUGUUGGAGGGCUGUAACCCCAGAGACUAUUGCUAAGAGCUAUGAAGAGGCGGGAUUCAAAUCUCAACAGGGAGACAGCGACAAGACAAAUACAGAGUCCAACGCUGGUCUUGAUUUGGUUGCCCACGCCCAAGCAGCAGGAGUAGAGUUUCCAGAAGGUUUAUCUAUAGAAGAGUAUGCUGCCCUGGACGAUGACUUGGAGACAUGUGAAGCAGCGCCAAGUGGUGAUACGGUCUGGACCAAAGAAAGUAAAUCAGAUGAAACUGGAUUUUAUACUUCUGAUGAAGAGGAUGAUGGUGGGUCUGUGGGAACUGAACUUCCCUUACCCUCAAAAAAUGAGGCAAUAACUGCUUUAGCUACUCUUAAAAACUUUCUUAGAAGUCAAGAUAUGAAUGACGGGCUUCAUAAUUCUUUAGCAGACCUUGAAAUUUUUAUUAACUCUUUAUCACUUAAGUAAUUAAUUAUUUUAUAACAACUGAAGACUAAUACCUUUUCCUGAGAUAUUUUUCUGUAUGAGGUAUGUAAAGGGAAAAUACCACAAACACAGAAAAUGAAAAA